CAUUGUUUUCCAGACUAUGACGAACAAGGAUCAGUCUGCCAAAGAUUCACAAAAGGGUAUUGACUUUUAUACCAAUGUCAAGGAUGUGGCAAAAGCAGUGAAGAUAAAGGAACUUGGUGCUCUCACAAAAGAUCUUCAAACAUUGCGAUCUCAGUUGAUAGGGGCUGUAUCUGUCCGAGUAGAUCCUACCGAAAAAUAUACACGACCUCUUGUUGAAUAUAUCCAAUCCUGUACUGACUGUAGUUCCGUCAUUGAACUUUGGGACUAUCAAACCUCGACAAAUAUACAAAACCUAGAAUGUCUUGUACCUGAUAUCAUUAGUUUGGUUAUCCGUUUGUGCAACACUCCUAUCCUGCGCUCUUAUGGUCUACAACUUAUUCAAACUAUCAUGCAAAGACAUAUGAAGUCCAUUUACCGUGGUAUCAGUUCAGCGCGUAUUCCUCAAUGUCAAUCGUCCUUUAGGGUUUUGAUCGCCAUCGCCUCUUUCAAUCAAACAACAGCAAGAGAUUUAUUUCAGUCAUUCAAUUUCCAGGCAGAAGGUUUUACUAGAGCUUGUCGAUAUCGCCAACAGAAAAAAGGAAACAAUCCAAACAAAUAUUUAUUCGAUCUACGAACAUUAUAUGUUCAAUUUGUAUUGGCAUUUUUAAUUCAUGGUGAUUCUGAAAUAAAGAAACAAGUCCUUGGUGUCAAGGGUCUUUUGAAUGGCGUGUUUGUUCCAAUGGAAGAAGAUGCGUAUCAGUUGAUUGAAGAAAUACUAAAUGUGAUCUAUGAAAACCUUAUAUCCGAUCAUCGCGUUCCACGAUUCGCCAAGUUAAGCUUUUUUACACCUUAUAUAUUGGAAAAGAUCGCAAAAAUAUAUGGACGACAAGAACCAGUACCUAUCAAUUCCACAGAAACUGGUAUCCCUGCUAAUUUGGUACACCACUUUUUAUUGUCAAUCUGUACUGUUCCUGGGAUUGGCGUCUGCUUGAAACAUGCUGGAUGGUAUCCUCCAAUUCGUGAUAAUACUCUUUUGACCGACAGUGAUAAAGGAGAACCAUUAGAAAAUAAAUGUUUGUCAAAAUUCAUUUUAUCUUUGAAACCAUCUGAUGAUAUGCGCCAACAAGAACUCCUAUUGAAAAUUUUAUCUGCCUGUCCUGAGCUUGUGCAAUCAUAUUGGAAACAUGUAUCAUCGACAUUUGAAGUACGUCUCAGUAGUAAAUGGCUUGGAAAUGCAACUUAUCUUCAAAAAGUGAUUCAACUCCCUGUACCAUCCUUCUAUUUUGGAACAACACACCUUUAUCCUGCAACUCCACCAAAAGCAGACAUGAUUCUCGACAAUAUACUUCCAACCGUUUUUGGUCGAUCGAUAUCUAGCAAAGGUCUUCAACAUGCAAGUGCUCUUGUUCGUUUCACUACAACCAACAUCUUAGCAGCUGCUUUUCAGAAAUUCAUCAAAGUAGCGGAUGAAAUGGAACAUGUUAUCUCAGUUUUGGAAGAUGUAGAAGUACAUCAAGAUAAAAAUACAACAACAACAACAACAACAACAACUCAAGAUCAACAACCUGGAUCUUUACCAUCAGCUCAAUGGAGACAAUGUCUUAACACUGUACGAGAAGAAUUACGACGAAGAUUACCAGAAAUUCAAAUCAUCAUCAAGUUACAUUCUGAAAUAUUUGGCAAGAUCGAUAAUACUAAAAAGGAUGAUGUUGAAUAUCAAGCCCAAUGUGAAAUCUUGCAAGUUAGUGUCUUCCGGUUACUUCAUUACUAUCAAAAAUGUGUUCCUUUGACCUUUAUGGAAAAUAAUGUGGAUCCUAGCAAUCUGAUCCCGGCGGAUAUUCUUUCUGUUAGCCCUAGUAUUUUGGUUCAUCUUUUGGAGUUACUUCUUAAUUUGUCGGAUUUCAGAUGGAGCAACAAAUCAGCUGGGACAUCCGUAUCGCAUAUCACGACUCUUCUUACACUAUACCUUCAAACUCCUUACAAUCAUAUCCGCAACCUGACCGCCAAACUGGUAAAUCAAACGCUAUCCGACUCAUUUAUGUUUAAACAUGAUCCUGAAGAAGUACAGUUAUGGUUACAAGCUCUACCUCAAAAUUUCUUGUCUCGAACAUCAUCAAGUGGUAGUGAAAGACUUACAAUGUCAACUGAUCAAGAAAUUGUUCUUCGAUACUUGGAUGAUUGUUUUACUCGUUUUGGGAAAGCUCAAUAUCGAUAUACGGACAAAUUGGUGGAACUUGUAAACAGUACAAACGAAUCUUUUGAACUCAAAAUAUCGACAGAAAAGCACGGACAUAAUCAUAUAAGUUACCAAUCUAUCGUCGAUACUGGAUCAUCAAACACCAUGAUUGAUUAUACUCACCCAUUCAGUCCUUUGUUACUUGUCUUAUUGGAACAAUUACGAUUUAUUAAAACUGAUAAACGGCCAUUGGUAUUAUUCAUUUCUCGAUUAUUCUCUCUACUUCAAACUAAACAGAAACUACCCAUUUAUCUGCAAGCAUUGAUGAAAAGUCUAUUAGAAACAACGAUGAACAAGAAUAGUGAAGAAAAUGACAUGGAUCUCGAUUACAAUGUUUCUGAUGAAGCAUUGGUUGGCACUUGGGAAAUAAAGGACAUGGUAUAUCAAGCCAAGAUAUGUCUUGAUCAAGAAAUCUUCAGUAGUGUCUCUUUUGUGACGAAGGAUCAAGAUUCGGAAACCUCUAUUCUCACCAGUAUGAUAUCAGAAACAGAAAUAGAUGAUGAUCUUGAUAAUCGUCAAAAAAGAUUUAUCGAUAUUUUGGACUCAUUACCUACCAAAGCUCUUGCCAAUCACUUGGAUACUACAGCAAAUUAUUGUAUCAAAGUACUACAAUUUACAGCUUUUGAUCCUUUGGUGAAUUAUAUCUCUGAUCGACAUCCAGUAGCCGGCAACUUAUUCGAUUAUCCUAAUUUACAACACUUGAGAUCACUGAAUGAUCAAAGUCCUAUAGUGGAUUUACUCAAAUGUAUUCCUUACCACAUCAUCUUCUAUAAUGCCUGGAAUUAUUCUGGUGACCACACUUUAGCAAUACAAUUACUGGAACAUCAAUUGAACAACAUGACUCGGUAUCAACUGACUUGUGCUCUCUCUUUAGUCCUACAAAAUUUGUCUAUUGUGUUGAUCAACAAAGCGACGGAAAAUACCAUGAAGGCUAUUGACUUUUGCUUUGAACUUAUUCAGCAUGGACUUUGGGUUAUUGACAACAACAUGAAGCAAGAGCAAACUCGAUUGGACCUUCGACACUUUAUAUUUGAACACCCAACUCUGAAAUAUUUUAUUAGAAGACUUUCUACACUACUACAUCAGCUCAGAUAUACCGACACUUAUCCUACAUUACCUGAUGAUGAUUUGAUCCAGUUGGCUGUCAAAUUUACAAAAAUAUUUGGAGAUGGGACCAGAACAACUGAAUUAUUGAACAGUAUGGCGUUGGUGGACUUUACUUCUCUUUACAAAUAUUGCAAUCACAACGGUUAUCAAUCCUUCUAUAAUGGACUCAUGAAACUAUUGAUUUCUCUGAUCAAGAAUGGUGGAAAUCAAGUUUCUAUUCCUGGCAAGGUUUUCGCUACCAUAGCACAAAUGUGGAAUGGAACUCAUCAAUCUGCGGCAACAAUGGGGUUAUCAAAUACCGAUGUUCUAUCAUUAUUAGAAAAGAAUGAAUCAUUACAAUAUCAAGAUGACGAUUACCGCAAUGCUCAACGACUUCUUUUGAAUGCCUGUAGUGAUCUUGUAGUGAAGCAUAUUCUUCAAGGUCAUCCUUAUUCUGUGAAUAUGAAGGAUCUUCAAGAAGCUUGCAAGGAAACGUCUGUCCCUGUGUCUUUAUGGGUAUUAGAUACUUUCUCCUCCUCGGCCAGUUUAUCAGUUACUGUCCCUUUGAUUCAUUUGAUCCGUAUUGGUUAUUCUUUGAGUAUCAACAACAAUUGCUCUUCAACAGACGGCGAAUCAUAUCUUCAAACAGUCAUGGAAUCUAUUUUGAAAAUGCUCACAGAAAAUGCAGACGUUUCCAUUGUAUCCAACAUGGCUAUUACUGACGAUGUAUAUGACGCUCUCACUUUGCUGAUAAGUCAAGUAGACGACUUUGAUUGGACUCGAUUGGAUGCAGAAAUUGUACGUGAUUUCGUGUUGAUGACUUUGUUGGACAAUAUAUCAAAUUCAGCUGCUAUUCGUUUCACAUCAACUUUGAUACAUAAAGUUUAUGCCAAGUAUACUCGGAAGGAGCCUAUUGAAACGUAUAUCCGUCGCAUUCUAGAUCACAACUUGUAUCGAUCAUUGACGGCACCCAAGACGAUUGAUUCUCUUCUCAAAAACAAAGAAGGGUUGGCGCAAACAGAUGCUGAUGAUGAUGAUGCCGAUGAGAACAAGCGUAGAAACACAGUUGUCCAAGAUGAACAACGUAAUGCCAUUAUUGAACUACUUGGUACACUCAAUGACAUUCAGCCCUCAAUACUUGCUAGCCAUCACGGUCUGUUGGAUACGCUACUUACCAGCUACAGUGCGACAACAUUACCUAGUGAUCGAAGAAUUCUUGGUAUUCUUCGCUCUAGUGAACAUCAUGGUGACCAAACGAUUCUUCCAAAGUUACUGAUGUGGGGACCAAAUUCUGAUAAGACAAGACAAGAGCAUGCACAAGCUGGCACACUCCUUCGAGCAUCAACGAUUUCUGUGGAGACAUUGGGUUUGAUUCAUCGAGAAAUGAUGCGAUAUACAUUCUUACAUAUGCCUACGACAACUGUGGAUAAAUCUGUAGUGACUUAUGAUCCUGACUUUUUCUUGCCUCUUUUUGCCAAUCUGAUUGCCAGUGGUACCUUGGAUUGUCGAAGAUUUAUCGAAAAUGACGGUUUGGGUUUGACAGUGGCUGCGUUGUCAAGUUUGGAUGAAAAUGUGCGGAAGAUUGGAUAUCAAAUGAUGGAUCAAUUCUACGUUUUACUGGAGCAUUCCAAAUUCAAAGGCAAAUUCCCUAUCAAGUACCUUUUAGAUAUCUUCAAACAAGGGAUUACGAAACGGUCUGAUAUGGAUGUUCCACCUCGUAUACCUCCAGCUGUUUGUCUUUGUGUUGCACAGAGCUUGUCAAUUCUUAUGCUACCUUAUCAUUUUAUGUUACCUUAUAUAUCGAAAUGGCUUUCCCAAAAACCAGCUUUGGAUUUCAACCAUAUUCCUAUGUUUACAGCCUUAUUCAACUCUACCACACCCAAUCACAAGAAAGAACGAUUAUGGAUUCUUCAAGUUUUGGCAUCAUCCAUUAGAACAGUGGACGAUUUUAACAUAUACGCACGCCACCGCAUUUGGGAUUUAAUACCAUCUUAUUACAAUUCAUCCUUGGCAGAUAUACAGAGCAAACGACUGGUAAUGGAAUUAAUACAACAAGCAGUCUCGAUUCCUGAUGUGGCUCUUCGAUUGGUUCAACGGUAUGGAUUAUUGACUUGGAUACAUCAACUUUUGAUCACAUCAACGUCAGAUGAACGACACUAUUUGAAAUUGAUCUUGGAUGAACUACAAAAGACAAUGAUGGUAGUAGAACAUCAAUCACAACUGGAAAAGGAUGGUAUCAUUGAAACAAAUAGCAAGAUCUCGGAACAAGUCAAGCUUCUUUUACCUCAGCAAUUGGCUCUUUUACAAUCCCUAAUAUAAUAUCCAUCCGCCCUCUGUACAAUAGUUUGUUUUUUUUAUUAUUACAAUAUUAUCAUCAUUCUUCAUACAUAUAUCAAUAGAAUAAACAAAAAGCAUAUGCAUAUUUUUAUAAAUAUA